CCUCAAACCAGAGCCUCCUGCUCUCUGUCACCUGUCCUGGGACGCUCCACAUUCCCAAUGGGAAAGCGGGGAUGCGGCUCCCCAGUGCCUCUGUGCUCCCUCCUGUGGGAUGGGGCUGGGAUAUUCCUUGUUCCCAUUGGGACAGCACUGUGUCACCUGCACUCCAUCACCCCUGCUGGGAUGGAGCUCCAUGGAUGCUCCAUAUUCCCAUCCAGAAUGAGGGACACAGCUGGGAUGUUCCCCAUUCCCAGCAGGAGCUGGUGGGGGGCCCUGCUCCCCAGUGCUGUGCCACCUGCACCCCAUCACUGCUCGGCAUUCCCGACAGGACUGUGUGUCCGGGCCGUGUGUCCGGGCCGUGUCCGGGUCUGGUUGCAAUCAGCCCUGGAGCCGCCGGGCCCCGCGCCAGCCCAGCCUGGAACGGGGAGCGGGAGCGGCCGGAGCCAGAGCCGGGGAGCAGAGCCCGGAGAGCGGAGCAGCAGCGGGAGCAGGGCAGGAGCAGCGGGUGGCACAUGCCCAGCUCGGCCCUCGGGGACACCACAGCCCUGGGGACACCCUUGGGGACGCCAUGGGGACAGGGCCCUGCCAUGGCCCGGCUGCUGCUGCCCCUGCUGCUGCUCUCGGCCCUGGGGAGCACAGCCCAGCUGAGGCGGCGCCCGGCGUGGGACGAUGGAGGAGAGGCCCAGAGGCCGCCGAGCAGGGGCUGUGCCAACCUGACGCUGGUCCUGGACAACUGGAAGUUCGCCAUCACCUCCCAGCUGCGGAACCUGCUGCUGGCCGACCACCACACCGUGCUGCCCGACUACGGCAGGAUCCCGGCGCUGUCGGGGGCUCUGGACGAGCUGUACCGGGAUUUCCGUGCGCUGAAGGAGCAGCUGGGGGGGCUCUCGGACAGAUUCGCCCACCUCGAAGCCUCCGUGGAGCGGCUGAGCCGGGCCCGGGGGGCCGCGGCUGCCCCCCCGCGCCGAGGGGGGGUCCCACUGAGCCCCCGCAGGGCACCUGGGACCCCCCAGUGAGGGACCCCCGGCAUGGGGGGGGGGAGCAUCAC